AUGAUAUCUACUCACCGACGCCAUACAUCUCCCCCCCAGAGUUCAUCUCCCCCCCAGAGUUCAUCUCCCCCCCAGAGCUCAUCUCCUCCAUCAAGCGACAGACCACUUACCCCGCCCAACGAUUUAAACGAUUGUUUUGUGAGCCCUCGCAUCAUUCAGGAUUAUACUCCAUCUCUUCCAGCCCAUGGCGUUGUCCGCCGCCUCUCUCAGUAUACAACCCGUGCAAAAUCGAAAUUUACUCCUUAUGCACGCCCUGCUGGGCCAAGUGCACCAGAACUGCGCUGGACAAGGAGGUCAAUACUCAGGAAUGAUCACGCUGAUAUAUCAUUAACUGAUGCAAAGGCGGCUGCUGCUAUUUUUCGACGUGGGUUGCAGAGCAUGGAUGAGGAGACUAUCACACAAGCUGUUUCUGCAAAGCAAGCGACUCGUGAAAAGUCACGCUUGCGUCUCCUUAUGACUGCGUGGGAGAUAGAGGAGACUGAGCAUCAUAAAAGACUUCUUGACCUACUUCAGCAGAAGAAUGCUCGGGAAUACGUUGCAGCGUCCAAUGAAGCUCGCCUGUUCGAAAGGUUCAUGACCCACCGUCACGCAAACCAGCUUGAAGAUGACUUUGACUUUGGUGUUGGAACUUACGAGGAGGAGCUACAAGCAUUCAGUGUUUCAGAGGAGCAAUUAAAUCAACUCGAGGCCUUCGCAGUCGAUCACAACUUCCAUGACCCCAACCAGCUGAUCACCAAGGAUAAAUAUUCCAUGGACCCCUUCGUCAAUGGCGCUGAAUCAGAUGAUGACGACGAAGACUGGGACGAGCCCAGAUCAGAAGUUAGUUCCGACGGAUCGGGCGUCAAAGGUGAAGGGUUUGCCUUGGAAGCGAGUUUUUGA